AGCUCUGUCCUAUAAGAUCGUCGUCCUUUGUCAUUGGAGCCCAUCCACUUCCCGGCGACCUUUUACCUUAGUCUUCUCAUUCCACAUUUCUCGCCGGAGAUUCGCCCGAAAAAAGUUAACAAUGUCCGAAAAGAGCAAGAUUCUCAUCAUCGGCGGCACUGGCUACAUCGGAAAGUUUAUCGUCGCUGCCAGCGCUAAGUCCGGUCACCCUACUUUCGCUCUCGUCAGAGAAUCCACAGUUUCGGAGAAGUUUGAAAUCAUUGAGAGUUUCAAGAGCUCCGGCGUGACUUUGGUUUAUGGAGAUCUAUACGAUCACGAGAGUUUGGUGAAGGCGAUCAAGCAAGUAGAUGUUGUGAUCUCCACGGUUGGCCACGCACAGUUACCGGAUCAAGUGAAGAUCAUUGCUGCCAUCAAAGAAGCUGGAAAUGUUAAGAGAUUCUUCCCAUCAGAGUUUGGAAAUGAUGUGGACCGUGUCCAUGCUGUUGAGCCAGCAAAAACAGCAUUUGCAACUAAGGCUCAAAUCCGCCGCACUAUUGAGGCUGAAGGAAUUCCCUACACCUAUGUAUCCUCCAACUUCUUUGCUGGCUAUUUCCUUCCUUCAUUGUCACAGCCUGGAGCCACUACUCCCCCAAGAGAUAAAGUUAUUAUUCUAGGAGAUGGGAAUCCAAAGGCUGUUUUUAACAAGGAGGAUGACAUUGGCACCUAUACCAUCAAAGCUGUGGAUGAUCCUAGAACUUUGAAUAAAAUCCUCUACAUCAGGCCCCCGCAGAAUACUUACUCAUUCAAUGAUAUUGUCUCCUUGUGGGAGAAAAAGAUUGGGAAAACCCUUGAAAAGAUCUACGUACCAGAGGAGCAAGUGCUGAAGAACAUCCAAGAAGCCUCUGUUCCACUCAAUGUGAUAUUAUCAAUCAGUCACUCUGUUUUCAUUAAGGGAGACCACACCAACUUUGAGAUAGAGCCAUCAUUUGGAGUUGAGGCUACAGAGCUAUAUCCCGAUGUCAAAUACACAACUGUGGAUGAGUACCUCAACCAGUUUGUCUGAGACAUGAACUCUGUUCCUGGCAGUUUUCAUUGUCAUGCUGCACCAUCCUAGUAAAUAAACAUGUGUGGCUCUGUCUUAGUCUUUGUUGUGUGAAUAAUAGUGGGGGCUUUCAUUUUCCAUGCCACUGAGCAUAUUCUGUAGCAGGAUGAUGUGCUUUUAUGAUCUUAUGCCGAUCGACGUUUAUGAAAUUAUAUUUUUCUUAUUUUUUUUGUUUUCA